AAAGGCCUGCGCGACUGCCGUCAUCAGGCGCCGCCGCGUGGGCGUGGCCAGCCGCUCCCUGGGCCCCGCGGACCGCGGCCAUGGCUCCCUCGGCCGCCAGCGCCCCGGAGGUGGUUCGCGCGGCGCAGAAGGACGACUACUACCGCGGCGGGCUGCGGAGCGCGGCGGGCGGCGCCCUGCACAGCCUGGCGGGUGCGAAGAGGUGGCUGGAGUGCCGGAGAGAGGUUGAGCUGCUGUCGGAUGCAGCCUACUUUGGCCUCACUACGCUCGCAGGUAACAGCCCGGGGACAUGCUUCUUUGCAGAUCCUCCCACUGAGCCCUUGGCUCUCAUUGGGAGUGAGGCGGAGCUGUCAGUAGCGUCCCCACCUUCCACCCACCCGGUGGUCAGACCCUGCGAGAAGCUCCUGACCCUGAGGUCUCUCUGCCCCCUCCUUGUGCCAGGAGGGCAGGGCUCAGCCUCGUUCAGUGUGCUUCGCAUCCACCGCCCGCCUGUGGAGGACCCGAGGGCUCGGGGGAGCUACUGGCUGCUGGGGCUCGUCUCCUUGCUGCACCUGGCGCUGUCUGUGGGCCUGCAGCUCUACGGCUUUCGGCAGAGGCAGCGUGCCCAACGGGAAUGGAAGCCGCACCGCAGCCUGUCCCACCGCAGGAAUCACAUGGAAGACAGAACCGUUCCCAGGAGCUCCCUGUGCGCCCUGUGCCUGGAGCAGCGCCGGCACCCCACGGCCACACCCUGUGGCCACCUGUUCUGCUGGGAGUGCAUCACGCAGUGGUGUGACACCAAGACGGAGUGUCCCCUCUGCAGGGAGAGAUUCCCGCCUCAGAAGCUUGUCUACCUGCGGCACUACCACUGACCCCACGAAGACUGCCUCACGAGUCUUUCCUAACAUCAGGAAAAACCUAAUUUGUUCCCAAAAUUAACUUUUCCUGCAAAGAAAUCACAAAAUUCUCAAGAUUUUUAUUUUUACUUUUUGUCAUGAGAUACUAUGCCAGCAGCUCAGGAGGCUGGAAGCUGACCUGGCUGCACAACAGCCGGGCAGGGGCCUUCAGGGCGGGUUUGGAUGGAGCCCCGCCUGACCAGUACCCCCGAGCCUGGUACCAGUGGGCACACGGGCCCCCCAACUCAGAUGUCCCCCAGCCAUUGUGCCGGUUUAGCCCCUUCCUUGGGGACCCCUCAUCUGGCCAAGGCUUUUUUAGGCUCUUCUGUCCCCAAACCACACAGUUGAGAACCACUCUGAGAAACAGGCCUGGACCAGCUAUUCACUCGUGUGGAGAAAAGGCAAGGACAUCGUGCAUAUGAGAGGCCGCAGGAGGGGUAGGCAGGGAAGGCGGGGGUCUGCGUGGCAGUGUGUCCACCUACCCACCCCAAUGGCCUGCGAUCCUCAUCCUCGUGGCCAGAUCCAGGCUGUGGAGUGGCGCGGGCACCUCCAUUCCAGGAGCAGACAGAAGCCGAGGAGCCGUAUCUCCACUGGAAACACCUGGCAGGUGCCCUCUAAUGGCAUCAAGUGUCGCCAUUUUAUGAAAUGGAAGUCUGCCUGUUGGCCUUAUCCAGACUUCCUGCUCAGAGUGCCUGGUGGGACAGGGCUGGCAGACUGAGAGGUGGUUUUCCUAACGCCCAGCCUGCGGACACCACCAGACCCCACUCCCGGUGGCUGGGACACGUCAGUUGCUCACCCAUCACCACUGCAUCUAACCUGCCCCUGUGCCUUUUUACUGUCGGGUGUUUAAGCCGUAUUUAACUUGUGCCAGAGACAGGAAUUUGGCACAAGUGUCCUUAGGGAACAAACUGCAUAGAAGUAUUGUCAGUUAGGAACCCUGGGGAGAGCAAAUAUCAGGCUUCGUAGAGGACAGUGAACAUGCCAUGGCCAGGGCCACCGGUCAGGCAGUGACGUCCCUGCUGAGGCCUGCACAGAACACUGCCAGAGCCGACUCGGUUCUGUGUGGGAACAGGGAUGGUUCCAAACUGCUCUCAAUCAAGUCACAUGCCGGAGACAGCCACCGAGGCCUUGGGGAGCAAGCCUCCCGACGGGGAGCCCCAAGGGCCUGCACGGUUCCUAGCAUCCUUUACUCAUGCCCGCUCUGAGCAAGCGCAGCUUCCCGUCACAUCUUACACCUGAGCAUUUACUAGGAAACCUGAAGAACGUGUCUAGAGCUGGAGCGUGCCAGGUGCUCGUGGUGGUGGUGCUGCGUUGGAGCAUCCUUUCACUUACGGAGCUUGCGAUACAGCGCCCAGUAUACAGAAGGCCUUAGCAGCUCCGUUUCACAUCAGCAGGAAUUGGCAAAAGAGGAAAGGCCAUUUGCUGUCAGAAACCCUAAGAGGGAUGGGAAGUGGCUCAGAGCUAUGAGUCUGAACCACACGAGGACGCGGGAGGUCGGUGGACAGUAAGUCUGUGACCGGGUCCAGGGGCAGCUGCGGGCAGGUGUGCCCGCCCUGCUGCUGUGAGCGGCGCUUCCCCGUCAGGGGAUGGCGCUGCUCCCCGCCGGGCUCUGCACUUUAGGUAAAGACUACGCAAAGGGGGCACUGUGUUUAACGAGGUUGGAAUUAAAAAGUCACU